AUGGCGCACUCCAAGCGCAACACCUCCCUCCCACACUUCACCGCCUACGAACGCUCCCUCCUUCGCACCACCUGGGGAACCCAGCGCACCCGUCUUUCCCGAGAAUCAUUCCUCCCGUUCUCAUCAUGUCGACUAUGUCUUCUCCCCGCCCGGAGCCCCGUCGUCGCCUGCGCCACGAACGGAGAUUUAUUCUGUCGUGAAUGCGCCGUGAACGACCUCCUCGCCCAACGCAAAGAGAUCAAGCGGUUAGAAAAGGAGCGGCAGCUCGCGGAGCGGGAUAGAGAGGAAGGAGAGGGCCGGUUGGCGGAAGAAGCACGCGAGCGGGAAUUAAGAGAAUUCGAAUUGGUUAGCAUGGGUCUGGAGGAGAGGAAGCGGAAACUAGAUAUAGAUAGAGACAGGGGCGGGGAGGAUGGGAGCCCCAAUGGGGAGGCGGCGAGGAAGAGGCGGAAGGGAUUUGAGUUGGAUGAAAAGACUAUGCGGAAUAUUGCGCAGGAGGAGAGGGAGAAGAUUCGGAAGGAAAUUGAGAGGGAGCGGAGUGAAUCGUCGAAAUCUCAGCUUCCCUCUUUCUGGGUUCCUUCGCUCACCCCGUCCACCUCGAACGACCUAUCCAGCAAGCUGGUCAAGCUGGCACCCUUAUGCCCCGCCUCCACUCCUGAAAACAAGCACAAUUACUCAUUAAAGAACCUUGUUACUGUCAACUUCACUGAGGAUAAAGAUGAGCAAUCCAAUGAAACGAUACGGAUAUGCCCAAGUUGCAAAAAGGGCCUGAGCAAUGCCGUGAAAGCUAUAUUAACAAAACCAUGUGGACAUGUAAUCUGUAAACCAUGCGUGGACAAAUUCAUGACGCCACAUCGAAACCCUGAUCCGCAUGCGACUGACGCGGAGGAUGGGGAAAUGCAUGGCAAGGUGCUUUGCUAUGUUUGCGAGACAGACGUCACAGAGCGGAAGCCGAAGACGGAGCCAAAGGAAGGAAAGAAGGAUAAAGACAAGGACAAAAUCCGUCCUGGUCUGGUCACAAUUAAUAGCGAAGGGACUGGUUUCGCUGGUGGAGGUGAAAAUAUAGCCAAGAAGGCUGGCACAGCCUUCCAGUGCUAA